AUGUCUGCGGGUGGUGCUGCUGUGAGUGACAGCCCGGACCACCUAUCCCCGUUGGGACUCCCUUCCCGUCCGGUUUCGGGGGCCUUGGCAGGGCUGCGGGUACCGGGUAGACUCCGCCAUGGGCUGGUGGGCGCGGGCUGUGGGGCGGGCGGCCGGGCGCUUCCUGCGGGGGGCGGCCGGGCGCAGGCCCCCCCGAGGGCCCCGGUGCAGCUCGAGCCGGGCCUCUUCCUCCCGGCGCCGCCCCCGGUCUCGGAGCUGGACAAGGCGGACGCCUGGCUGCUCCGGAAGGCGCAUGAGACGGGUUUCCUGUCCUGGUUUCGCAAUGGCUUGCUGGCAACCGGCGUCGGAGUAAUUUCUUAUGUUCAGAGCGACAUGGGACGAGAGGCAGCUUAUGGUUUCUUCAUUCUCGGUGGGAUUUGCGUCUCUUACGGCAGCGCCUCCUACCUUGUCAGCCUCUUCCUCCUCCGCCGCACCAUGAUGCUUGCUUUCUCCACGGCCCUGCUGAACGGCACAGUGGUCACAACGGUGGCGCUGUUCUGGCUGUGUGCCAUCUCUCUCUACAUCGGUCGCCUUGAGGUUGAGAUCAUACAGGAGGACAGUAGUGAUGAAUGCCAGGACACAAAAAAGGAUGAUGGGAAGUCGGAUGAGUAAAGACCAGGGUCCUGGGGAAUUUU